AUGAUACAAAUGUUAUCCGGAUACAUCUUUGUUUAUUAUCUACAAGCGAACAAACAAACACAAAAUAUUUAUGUUCCCACCUUAGAAAAAAGAAAGAAAAGUUUUACGGAACUCAUGAAAUUAGAAUUGAAAACAGCAAUGUUCAAGCAGUUGAAUUUUAGCAACAUCAUUGUAAGUGCAAUCAUCAAUUUUAUUUUAUUUUUCUUUAAUGGAAAAACUUUUCCCAUCGCUUCAACAAAUUUAAUCUGCGUCAACAAUAAAAACAAUGAACAAAAAAGCACCUUGUUGAAAGUUGUGUUCAUAUUACGUUAUGGUCUCAUUGUUUCUGGCUUAAAAGGUCUGCAAGGCUUGAGAAUUAUUAUUAUGGAGUCCGAUUUAAAAGAAUUUUGUGAGUGA